AUGGAAAAGAAGAAGAUGGCUGAGGGUGUGGACGUCUCGGACCUCCUCACACCAGAGCAAUUCGCCGCCUCGAACGAGAACAUGAAGAUAGAACACAUUGAGCUGCGGUCUCAAAUGACGAAAGAUGGGAAGUGGUUCACGACGGAUUUCGUGACACAAAACGCGUACAACCCUGGCUUCCUGCCACAUCCCUACAAGCCGGAGACAUGGGUCAUGUUCGCGCAGAGGGACAAGAGUAAAGAUGGGGAUGAUAUAUGGAAUUCUGAGCUUGUAUGCGAGGCCGUAUACCAUGAAGGCUCUCAAACGAUGAAGUGCAUAGACCCUCCCAUCAUCUUGCCUAUCGCUUCGACAUUCUCCGAUCUAUGCGUCGGACCCCAUGAUGCACGUGUGUUCAAUGGACCUAACGCGCCAUACAUCAUCUAUGGCUCGCAAGGCCCUGCAGGUAGCUGUCUCGGGCAAUACAUCCACGAUCUUCGUCGCUUAACGCCCUUCCUAUACAACGAAAGUUCGGGUUCCAUAACUCAUCCAAACGAAGCCUUCUUCUGGCCCACGGACCUCCACCGACCACCGCCCGUCGGCGGCGUGGAGAAGAACUGGUUCGCCUUCUGGGACAUGGACGACGACAUGUACCUCCACUACGACGUCAAACCCACAAAACGCAGCUUCGCCAAAGUAAACACCUCGGACGGCAGCGUCGGCGACGACCUCGCCCCUCUCGCCACAACCGACGACCAAUGCAUGAAAGACCUCAUGCCCGCCUACCACCACAACGACCGCGAAUGGAUCCACCAAGCCACCAACUCCCUCUCCAUCACCCUCUGCAAACGCGCCGACCCCACCUGCCACCCGACCCCCGACAACACCUUCAUAAUGCUCCUCUUCCAAACCAAAACCUUCUACAUGCACGGCGUCUACUACCCCUACAUCAUGCUCUUCAAACGCACGGCGCCCUUCCAAAUCCACGGCAUCUCCGCCAAACCUUUCUGGUACAGCGGCCGCGGCAGGAUGAAUGAGUUUUGGCGCUGGAGUACCUGGAAGCCGAAGGAUCAGACGCAGAUGGUGUUUACGACGCAGAUGAGUUGGGUCGGGCAGGGGAAUAUGUAUCAUGGGUUUUUGGAUGAUCGAGUGAUUCUGGCUUUUGGGAUCGAGGAUAAGCAUGGGGGUGGGUUGGAUGUUGUGGCGGGGGAUUUGUUGCAGGGGAUGAGGUUUUGUGGUGGUGGCGAGGUUGGAUGA